AUGGCAAACUCGAAGGCGUCGACUUCUGACUCUGCGGAAGCACUGCAUGGACUUAUAAACGAUGUGCUGGUCCAAACAGGCAAGGCACUGAAGUCUCUUAGCAAAGAUGGCAGGCAUCAAUUCCAGGCCCAAGCCUCUUUACAAACAAAGAUGCCAGAGAUCAUCGAGAGCUUCCACUGGAAACUGGAUGAUUUGGAGAGCGAGAUAAUACGGGCCAAGGCUGCCCUACAAAGAGAUUUGGAUCGUUUUCAGCAGGCAAGACAACCGGUGGAACAGCCUGCGCCAGUCGAGGCGCAGACCAAAUCACCCAUGGCCAUCGACCUCGACUCUUCGUCUCGAGAGCCAACGCCUCCUGAGAAUGAACCCAAGACCACGGAGGCUACGGGUCCGCAGAGGGUUCCCGCAGAACCAAGCACAGCACCAUCAAUGGCUCCGUUCCCUGACAUGGGCGUCGGCUUCCAGCCAGCGCCCGAACCCAGUCCCCAAGUGAAGCAGGAGAUGACACCAGCACCACCUGCUGCACCACCGGCUAUGAUGGCCCCUAUGGGCGAGAUCAAGCAGGAGUUUAAGACCGAGCCGCCAAGUUCGCAACCUCAGCCUUCAGGUGCCCCAGAGGCGCCCAUGGAUGACUUGUUUGGUCUUGGUGACGACUCUGGAGGCGGUACUGAGGGCAACAACCCAGAGUUCCAUUUCACGGAUAUGACCUUCAGUUUGGCGCCACCCAGCAACGAGGCACCAGACCAAGCCCAGGUACAGGAUGCGGCCAUGGACAUAUCAUUCGGCUCCGGCGACAUAGGCGGCGACCUCUUGUCGCUCGAUAAUCUCCUUCCUCCAGAUAGCGCUACGAAACAAGAGACUGGUGCAGCCCCGCCAGCCUCGGCAGGAGCAACAGCGUCGGCAGGAGCAACAGCGUCGGCAGCUAGCCAAGAGAAGCCGGUGGAAGCCAAGAUGGAGAAGCAGGAGUCCACCAACAUCGACGAUCUGUUCAACCUCGAUGGGAAUACAAGCAUGGAGAACAUGGACCUCGAUAUGAACAUGGGCGGCGACGGGGGCGAUGGUAACAGCUUCGAUGAUAUGUUUUUUGGAGACAUGACAGAAAUGGAGCACGGCAAGUUUGACGAUGCCUUUUUUGGAAUUCAGUAA